AUGCACGCAGUACCGAAGGCGACGGCUGCUGCGAACGCGCGGCGGAACUUUGUGUCGAUGCGGAGCAAGGGGAAGCAGAGGGAGCAGUAUAGUGACGAUCCGGAGGAGGAGGAGACGUUGCUUGGGCGCGACGCGCGAGGUGGAGAUGGGGAUGGGGAGGCGGAGGCGAUGAUGGAGGGGCUUGGAGAGGGAUCAAAGAGCGGCAAAGAUGACAAGUCGCGCACGAUUCCCUUUCGGCCACCAGAUAAACUCAAGAAGAGCUUUCCGCCGAACACUGUACGGAACCAGAAGUACAACAUCUUCACGUUCGUGCCCAUUGUGCUAUACGAGCAGUUCAAGUUCUUCUUCAACCUCUACUUCCUCCUCGUCGCCCUCUCCCAGUUUGUCCCCGCCCUCAAGAUUGGUUUCAUCUUCACCUACGUCGCCCCCCUCGCCUUUGUCCUCUGCGUCACCAUGGGCAAAGAAGCAUACGACGACUACAAGCGCAACCUCCGCGACCGCGAGGCCAACUCCCAAAAGUACCUCAUCCUCACCCGGCCAGACCACGGCGCCGCCGCGGCUGCUCGCGACGACGACGACCCCGAGUCCUCGGCGCUCGGUGAUGUCGACGCGGGCCCGCACACGCGCAUGGUGCCCUCGUCCGCGCUCCGCGUCGGGGAUCUGGUCGUGCUCGAGAAGAACCAGCGCGUGCCGGCGGACAUGGUGCUCCUGCGCACGUCGGACAGCUCGGGGACGUGUUUCAUCCGCACGGAUCAGCUGGACGGUGAGACGGACUGGAAGCUGAGGGUCGCGGUGCCGGCGUCGCAGAAGUUGCCGUCGGAUAGGGACUUGUUGUCGCUCGACGCUGAGAUAUAUGCGGACGCGCCCAUCAAGGACAUUAACGUAUUUGUUGGCACUUUUACGAUUAAUCACCCACCCCACUCCAACGACCUCUCCCACGAAAACGUCCUCUGGUCCAACACCGUUCUCGCCGCUGGCCAAGCCAUUGGUUUUGUAAUCUAUACCGGCUCGGAGACGCGUGCAGUAAUGAACACAAGUCAUCCGGAGACAAAGGUCGGGCUGCUUGACAUCGAGAUCAACAGGCUUGCCAAGAUUCUGUGUGCCGUCACGUUUGCACUUUCGUUAUUGCUCGUCGCGCUCAACGGUUUCCGCGGGCUGUGGUACAUCUACGUAUUCCGGUUCCUUAUUCUGUUUUCGUCCAUCAUCCCGAUCAGCUUGCGUGUGAAUCUUGACAUGGGCAAGACUCUGUAUGCGCACCAGAUCAUGAAUGAUGACGAGAUCCCGGGAACGAUUGUGCGCACGAGUACUCUGCCCGAAGAGCUCGGCCGUCUCGAAUAUUUGCUCAGCGAUAAGACGGGAACGCUCACCCAGAAUGAGAUGGAGAUGAAGAAGUUGCAUAUGGGCACUAUGUCGUAUGGGUUUGACUCGAUGGACGAAGUUGCACACCAGCUCGCUCACGGAUCGCUCGCAACUGGAGCACAGCUUGCGACGCGCGGUCGACGCGACAUGACCACUCGUUUACAUGACGUCGUCCUCAGCUUGGCUCUCUGUCACAAUGUUACCCCAGUCUUUGGCGACGACGGCGCGAUCACGUACCAGGCCUCCUCGCCAGAUGAAGUCGCCAUCGUGAAAUGGACCGAAUCCGUCGGACUCACCCUCGUCGCGCGCGACCGGACGAGCAUCGAACUGCAGACGCCCUCCGGCGCGCGCAUCGCGUUCGACAUCCUCGACGUCUUCCCGUUCACGUCCGAGAGCAAGCGCAUGGGCAUCGUCGUGCGCGACACGUCCUCGGGCGAGAUCAGCUUCCUCCAGAAGGGCGCGGACGUCGUCAUGGCGAAGAUCGUGCAGCGCAACGACUGGCUCGAGGAGGAGACGGGCAACAUGGCGCGCGAGGGCCUGCGCACGCUCGUCGUUGCGCGCAAGCGCGUCAGCGCGGCGCAGUAUGAGGCGUUCCGCGCCGCGCACCAUGCCGCGAGCAUUCGGCUGGAGGGCCGCAAUGAGGCGAUGGCGCAGGCUGUUUUGGAGCAUCUGGAGCAUGAUCUUGAGUUGCUGGGUCUGACGGGCGUCGAGGAUAAGCUGCAGGACGAUGUGAAGGCGACACUGGAGCUGCUUCGGAAUGCGGGCAUCAAGAUUUGGAUGUUGACUGGAGAUAAGAUCGAGACGGCGAGGUGUAUCGCCAUCUCGACGAAGCUCGUCGCAAGGAAUCAGUAUAUCCAUGAGGUCGCCAAAUUAAAGACCGCGGACCAGGCCAGAGACGAACUCGAGUUUUUGCAGUCCAAGCUUGACUGCUGUUUGGUUAUCGAUGGUGAUUCGUUACAGCUCUGCUUGGAUUUGUACAAGAACGAGUUCAUCGAGAUCACAACAAAGCUAUCGGCAGUUGUCGCCUGCCGCUGUUCGCCAACGCAGAAAGCUGAUGUUGCCCGUCUGAUUCGGCACCACACGAAGAAGCGCGUCUGCUGUAUUGGUGACGGUGGCAACGAUGUGAGCAUGAUUCAAGCUGCUGACGUCGGCGUCGGUAUCGUUGGCAAGGAAGGUAAACAAGCAUCGCUCGCCGCCGACUUCUCCGUCACGCAGUUCAGCUACCUAACUAAGCUGCUCAUGUGGCAUGGGCGGAACUCGUACCGACGCUCGGCCAAGCUCGCGCAGUUCGUCAUCCACCGCGGUCUGAUCAUCUCGGUGAUGCAAGCCGUGUUCAGCGCCAUCUUCUAUUUUGCACCGAUCGCGCUGUACCAGGGCUGGCUACUGAUGGGCUACGCGACGCUCUACACGAUGGCGCCCGUGUUCUCGCUCGUGCUUGAUCGGGACGUGAACGAGGACCUGGCGCUGUUGUAUCCGGAGCUGUACAAGGAGCUGACCAAGGGUCGAGCACUGUCAUACAAAACCUUCUUCGAGUGGGUGAUGGUCAGUCUCUAUCAAGGCGCUGCGAUUAUGAUCAUGUCGCUCGUGUUGUUUGAGACCGAGUUCCUGAACAUCGUCUCUAUCUCGUUCACCGCACUCAUCAUCAAUGAGCUCAUCAUGGUCGCGCUUGAGAUCACCACGUGGCACGUAUACAUGGUGAUAUCCGAAGUCGCCACACUGGCCAUCUACAUGAUCAGCAUGGCGUUCCUUCCGGAGUACUUUGAUCUAGACUUCGUCAUCUCCACCCGUUUCGCCUGGAAAGUCGCUGUGAUGGUGGCCAUCAGCGCCUUACCCCUCUGGAUCAUCAAAAUCGUCCGGAGCAGACUAGCACCCGCCGCGUCGAGCAAGCUCCUAUAG